UAAUAUAAUAAUAAUCACAAAAAUAUGAAAUAAAUCUAUAAAAUAAUACAAAAUAAAAUAUAGUAAUUACAAAAAAAACUAUAAAAAUUGUAUAAAUGGCAGAACCAACUACACCUGUUGAGACCAAAUCUUCACAAAUAAACCGUUCAGUAAUACCACCGGCUGGUGRUGACGAAAAUGUGCCAUUCUCGCAACGCGAGCUUGAAUUGUUGUAUGAAGAAAUUUGUAAGGAUCGCAAGAGGAAGGAAGAUUGGCGCGAUGAUAGUCGGCAUCCGAGCUAUAGGAAAUUUACAAUACCUUAUCACUUCAAGUGUCGUGAUCGCUAUCAUAAGASUAAAAAGCAGUAUGAGGAGCAAUUUCAACGUGAAAUCAGUCUGUUAAUGAACAACCUGAAUACGGCAUACGAAGCUGCGCGUUUCAAUCGCCAUUUAUGCAUUACCACCUUGUGGCCACCACUGCACAAUCGKGAUGAACUUAUCCACGCACAUCGUUACUACUUCCGCCUGCGAUCCGAACAACGUCGACGUUUAAAUCAGAUUAUUGCUACCAAUUUCCAAUAGCCAAGUUUGCACUUAAUGCGGCUUACAACAACAAUUUCAUAUAUAUGUAUACAGAAAUCGCUUAACAGAUUUAAAAAUCUGUAUGAACCUCAAUAUCUGUUGGGUUAACCGAUGUAUCAUGUUAUSAAGAAAUAUAUUUGUUUGUAUAUGUGUUUUAUAAAAC